UUGAUUAGGGUUUCUAUUUGUUUGGAGUGAAUCGUUUGUUUGUAUCAGUUGCCUCAGAGUGACACACAGAGCAAUGGAAGCAAUCACGGAGGGAGUGAACAACAUCAACAUUUCCGAUUCUUUCAAGAAGAAUCGCAUUCAGGUCUCCAACACCAAAAAGCCCCUCUUUUUCUACGUUAAUCUCGCUAAGAGGUAUAUGCAGCAGCAUAAUGAGGUUGAGCUCUCAGCACUAGGAAUGGCUAUCGCUACAGUGGUUACUGUAGCUGAAAUAUUGAAAAAUAAUGGGCUUGCUGUUGAAAAGAAAAUCAUGACAUCAACAGUUGACAUCAAAGAUGAUUCUAGAGGUAGACCAGUCCAAAAGGCCAAGAUUGAAAUAUUAUUGGGGAAGACUGCGAAUUUCGAUGAGCUGAUGGCUGCCGCAGCUGCGGAGGAAGGUGAAAAUGGAGAUGUUGAGGAGCACACCGCAUGAAGUUUAUCAAAAUUACACCUGUCUCGGGUGAAGAUAUGUACUCUUUAAUGAAUUGCAUUUGUGUUAUUAGUAGGUAGUGGACAAGCACAGAAUUCAUUAUAGAGUGAUCUGGUAUGUUGAACUAUGUAAUUCCUUCAUUUCUUUCCCAUAUAAAUAGAGUUUUUUUGUGUGUUCA